CAUCUCGGCCAGCCGACGGCAACGGUUGACUUUUUUUUGGCACCUCUGCAAAAUGGCACUGGCAAAGUUGAUGCUUCUAUGCUGCUGCAUUCAGUUUUCUGUGUGCGCGGACAGCUUCGAGGUGCCCAACAGGAAGACGGAUCGGGACCUAGACUUGGACUUGGAGGCUGAGGAUAGCAUGGUGGAUGCGACACGGUCCUUGGAUCCGGUACAGCCCAAGCAGCUGAAGAUUCUACAGCAUUCGGCGGGAUACACAGACUACGAGUACUAUCAACGGCCCCGGCCAAUGUCCGGUGUCAAUGAUAAUUAUGGGAGCGACAACGAUGUCAGCGCAUCCAUGAAGAGAUUGCAUGAGCCGACCAAUUCGAGACCAGCCAGUGCCAGUGCCGUGGCCGUGCCCCACAAACCACUGCCUUGGUAUGGCGAGUAUUCCUCGGGCAAGCCGAGCGUCUCCAAUGUGCCCAUGUAUCCCUCCAGAUCCUACGAUCCGUAUAUACGACGCUACGACAGGUUCGAUGAGCAAUAUCAUCGUGCCUAUCCGCAGUACUUUGAGGACAUGUACAUGCAUCGGCAGCGCUUCGACCCGUAUGACAGCUACAGUCCCCGUGUGCCCCACUAUCCCGAGCCCUAUGUCAUGUAUCCCGAUCGCUAUCUGGACACACCCAGUGCCAGGGACUACAUGAAGUCGCGACGCGGCUAUAUGGACGAUCCCGUGCCGCUGCCCGACUCCUACAAUUCCAAGUACGGCCACGGCCACGGCCCCAGCCCAAAGCUAUCCGACCUGACGCUGCCACCGCGCAAUCAGCGUGUGGUGUACUACGCCCAUUUGCCAGAAAUCGUACGAACCCCCUACGACAAUGCGCGAGCGGAGGAGCGCAGCUCGGCCAUGUCGGCAGCACCGUACAAAUUGAAUAAAAAGAAAAUCAAAAGCAAUCUGCGACCCUUAGGCAACAAUUCGACCAAUUAUAAAAUGACAUUAUAGAAGCCGAAUCGGGACUUAUGAUUAUUAUUCUCCUGUUGCUGCAAAUUCACUUGA